AUGGCAUCUAAGAAACCCAACACAUCACCUCCUUCACACGAUAUGGUCUACUUUCCUCAAAUGACCUCAGACCUUCCUGCUUCAUCCCAUGAAUUCCGUAGAGUACUUUUCACAGGCCUCUACUCCCAAGUCGUUCUCAUGACCGUCCCAGUCGGUGGAGACAUCGGGGACGAAGUCCACACAGUCGACCAAGCACUCACCUUUACCUCCGGUGUUGGUCUCGCAACUAUCAAUGGCAAAGAACAAGUCGUCAAGAAGGGAGACUUGAUGGUGGUGCCAGCAGGAACUCAGCAUCAAUUUGUGAAUACGGGAGAUAAACCUUUGAUCUUGUAUACCAUCUAUUCGCCAGCAGAACAUGCACCGAAGACUGUGCAUAGAACGAAGGAAGAGGCUGACAAGGAAGAGGAUGAGGGAGGAGAUGAGGCGCCGGAUUGGUCGAGGAAGAGUAAGGGGGAGAAUGAGAAGGCUGGGUUGGUGAAGUUAAGUGGGAAGUAUGAUGAUUAA